GUUUACCACUCGCACUACACGAAACGGACAUCAGACGUCACUACGACAAUGACAACCACCACGAGCAUGAAAGCAGUCCAAAUCCUCGGCCCGAAAACCAACCCUACCAUCACGCUCAACCCAACUCACCCCCUCCCCACCGCCGACACCGACAACGACCCCGAGGACCCCCUUAUCCUCCUUCGCGUGCACUCAGCCGGCGUCACAGCCGACGAGCAGACCUGGCCCGAACUCUACAGCCACACCAACCGGGACCGCAUCCCAGGCUGCGAGGUCGCAGGCACCGUCGCCGCCCUGCCCGAGGGGUAUGGCAUCAGCAGCAUCAGCAGCAGCGACCGCCUCCUACUUCAAGUCGGUGACGCCGUCUACGCGAUGCUGCAUCCGGACCGCGCACGCGGCCAGGCCGAGUGGACGUAUGCGCGUGUCAGCGAGCUCGCGCGCGUCCCGCGGAGCCUGCUCGGGUCAGGUCUCGCGAUGGCGGCGGCGCUGCCCAUCCCUGCGUUGACCGCGUGGGAGGGGCUUUGGAAGAGGGUACCGGGCGGGCUUCCCAAGGGGGCGAGGGUGCUGGUUACGGGGGCGUCGGGGGCGGUGGGGAGGAUGGUGGUGCAGAUUGCCAAGAGUGAGAAGUUUGAGGGGGUGAGGGUAGUGGCGUUGGCGAAGGGGGAGGAGAAGUUAGAGGCGGUGAUGGCGCUGGGUGCGGAUGAAGUAGUGGAUUAUGGGUUGGAGGGAUGGGAAGACCUCGUGGGGAGGAGGAGUGUGGAUGCUGUGUUUGAUGCCGCGGGCGGAGAGGUACUAACGCGCGCGUGGGGGACGGUCAAAGACGAUGGCGUCGUGCUGACCAUCGCAGAUCCGCCCCCGGCUUGGGCUGUUAAAAAGGUGGUGCCGAAAGAAGCGGAGGGACGUCCGGGGGUGAGAUAUGUCUAUUUCAUUGUUUCCCCGGAUUGGAAGGGCCUGGGUGAGAUUUCAAAUUUGAUCGAUGAGGGAAUACUCAAACCCCUUCCUGUCGUUGAGUUCCCCCUCGACAAGGCCGUGGAGGCCUGGGAAUUCGCUCAGCACCGCGGGCGGCAAGGAAAAGUCGUUAUUAACCUUGUGUCCGAUGUUUGAUAGUCCUAGCUGUUGACCAGGCAGAUACAACUUUGCCCUAUCAACCUCCUCCAGUUCAAUAAACUGUGCGGUCGCUGUGGUGUCGCCUACGGAGCUCUAUGUAGUAGUGCCUGUUGCGGAGGGCUUAAGGUGCAAACCUUGGGGUUCCGUGGCUCUCUGUGCACGCCCAACGACAACGAAAGGCCGUAAGCCGCAGAGAGCCCGGUAGAGAGGUUCGGCCUCGCCUCUUUGACUAGAUACUCCCUUGAGGCGGAUCUUCGCUAUGUAGUUAGCUUAGGUAGCACGUUCGUAGGGACUGCGAAUCUAGGGACUUCAAGGAACGAGGCCAGCAGAUGACCUUGACCACCAGCACGAGAUUCUGUUCCAAGACAAAACCCUAAGGAGACACGACGGCCUCA